UAUAGUCGGAUAUUAAUGAAAAUUAAGUAAAUUUACCCUACGUUGUUCUCUAGAAGUUGUUUGAAAUAUUCUUCUAAUCCCAACUCCCAAGGAACAAGAAUGCUCCUUGCAACUUACUGGAGUUGAAAAGAAUUCGUGUUCGGAUUUGAGGUGAUCAGUUGAAGUCUUCGAUGGAAGAGUUAGCUUGAUUAUCGACUAUCGUUGUCUAAAUUAAAGAAAUCCCUUCAGUGUGAAAUUAAUGCGUUCAUAUUCAAUGGUUUGAUAUUGCGAUCGAAGAACGGUUUGUUCGAGUUGAAAGAUUCGUGAAUGAAUUACAGUCGUAUAAAAUUCAGUCUUUAUUUCAAGACAGAUCUUCGAAGAAUUCAAAACGUCGCUGAUACAUCUUCCAAGUCAUUGUAAACUCGAAUUAUUUUUAUUAACAUGUAGCAGAACUAAUCGGUUGUAAAAACGCUGCGUUAAUGAAUCAUAGAAAAAUAUUCGAGAAGCCAGUUGCAAACCGUUGAAGAAAAUCGAAAAACAUGUCAUAUCGUUUGAUCAUCCACGUUCGUUGACUUUUACGGCGAAGAAAUAUAAAUUGCGCGUUUCCGUUAGCGAAGGAUUAAAACAACUGUCAAGUCAAGUAGAGGAGGUAAAAGAAAAAAAAACGGAACUCAAAUAAGGAGUAAAAUGAAGAAACGGUGUGUUUGUGUAAUUUCAACAUAUUAUCGUUGGUGUCACUUUGGCAUUUCCCCAGAUUAUACGAAAUCUCAAGUACGACCGCACGUGCCAAGAAUUUCUAUCUGUAUCUUUUCGUCAGUCGAGUACUUACCCAUACCCAGCGACAUAAAAACUCGAUUACCAUUGAUCCAAUAAUGAGCGUUGAGAAGAAACCUCCGUUUUUGGUUCAAGCCGUAUACUCAUUCAAAGGACAGAACAAUGACGAACUGUGUUUCAGAAAAGGUGACAUUAUCACCGUUACCCAAGUUGAAGAAGGAGGCUGGUGGGAGGGAACUCUCAAAGAUAAAACCGGAUGGUUUCCUUCGAAUUACGUGAAAGAAUUCAAAGCAGAUUCGCCUUCGGUUAAUUCCAAUCCAUUGUCGAAGUCGUCGGUCGAUCUGCUGGCUCAGCAAAUCGCCAAUAGAGCUGUGAUCGUGAAAGAUUUAAUUGAUUCGGAGAAAGCUCACGUCGCCGAGUUGGAAAAUCUUAUUAAUAAAUUUCUAGUUCCUAUUAGUACCUGCGGAGCAUUAAGUCGCGAAGAAUACGAUGGAAUGGUGAGCAAUAUAACGGAAAUCGUCGACGUGCAUGAAAAUUUAUUGAAAGGAUUGAGAGAAUGGUCGACCAAACCUGCAGAGCAGCAAAGAAUCGGAAGAUUGUUCAUUACCACGGCUGUAGCGAUGAAACUAGUUCACGAGAAAUACUGCUCUUCUCAUCCGAAAGCUGUUCUCAUCUUGGAUAAGCACAGAGACGAACUGAACAGAGUAAUGGAAGAAAACGGUGCCACGACUCCUGGAAUUUUGGUUCUAAUCGCCGGCUUGAGUAAACCGUUCCGAAGACUGGAUAAAUAUAACGGAAUACUUCAGGAAAUUAAACGCUAUAUGGAGGAAAGCCACGUAGACAGAGGAGACGUCUCUAGAUCAAUUAGUGUUUACAAAGAUAUAGCUACUACUUGUUCGGCAAUCCGUCGCCAGAAAGAAUUGGAAUUGCAAAUUUUAAACGGCGGUGUUCGCGGAUGGGAAGGUGAUGAUUUAACGACUUUGGGCGAAAUUCUGUACAUCGGUUCUGUGGCUGUCGGACCGGAAUUGAAAGAUCGAUAUUUUGUUCUAUUUCCGAACACGUUGCUUAUUCUAUCUGUUUCGAAUUCGAUGACUGCGUUUGUAUAUGAAGGGAAAUUACCGUUGACUGGAAUUCAAGUUACCAAAUUAGAAAAUAACGACGAUUACAAGAACGCGUUUGAAAUUAAAGGUCCGAUGAUCGAGGAAAUCGUAGCCAUUUGCCAAACCAAAGAAGACCAACAAGCGUGGUUAGAGAAACUCGCCAAGCAAAUGAACGCGGCCAAGCAUUCGCCUUCAUCGGCAUCAUCGUCUGCGAGUUCUCCAUCGUCGAAAUCGACGAGCGGCGUUUUCUAUCCCAACUGCAGUGCCAUAGCCGCAGUUCCAAAACCGCCACCGCACGCUAUUCCAUCGAUCAGUCAUCAACCGUGGAGUAUCACUAGAUUACGUCCGUCCCCUCCGAUGCAUUGUUAUUUUUUAAACGGAAUCAAGCAGCAGCGUAACAGCAACAAACUUUGUGAAAGAAGUUUUACCGAAGAUGCGCAGAUAUUACAGGUCAUCGAAGGGUAUUGCACCAGCGCCAAGUUGAGAUACACCAUCAAUUCAGUGGAUUUAUCUCGAUUGCGUGACUUAUGCACAACGAGCGAGUUUCUACACGGUGAUGGAUGCCACCAUCGUAGUAUGGCCAGAAGAGCUCGAACUCCGACUUGGUGUUGCGGUAACUUGGUUCUAAAAACGUUGGCAGAAGCUGACUUCGAUUGAAUUUUAUAACGUUGUAAAAUAUGCUGCGGAACGUAUUAUCAAUUUAAUGGUCGAGUUUUCUCGUACAGAUAAAUUUGUGCGGGGUUAAUAAUUUAAAUUUGUCGCAUAAUUUGAGAUUUGUUUGUCGAGUCGAAAGACAUUUUCUUUAGCAAUUGUUUAGAAUAAUUUCUAAAAAUAACCAACUUACCUUGGCAUUUUUUUCUCGAGUUCAUCCCCUUAGUUUGGAAAAAUAUUAUCCCUUCUCACUCCCAACCUAAAAUGUCCGAAUCGAAUGUGUAGGCACCUUGUAUGGAAAAAAAAGUUUGUUACACGUUUUCUAGGAAAUAUCUCCCCCGUUAUUUUAGCAUCAAUUUCUCAUGGACGUUUUGCAACACCCAUUUUAUAUUUAUUUAUUGACCUUAAGUGAGUUAAGUAUUUAUGAAAAAUGAUUCUUCAAGACUGGUAUUUGUAUUUGUUAGUUGAUCACAAUUAUAUGUACAUUAUAUGUAGGUAGUUGAAUUUAGCUUUCAUAUGGAUGUUAACAGUCGUUAGAAUUGUUUUCAUCAGAAGGAUAUUUUGUUUCUAUUGCAAUUUGUAUUUUGUACCAUCGUAUGUAUUAUGUAUGUGUGUGUGUGUGUGUGUUUGUGUAUUCAUGUAAAUUGGGCCAUUCCCUGUCAGUUGAAUUGUAACGAAUAGGUAUUAUUUUAAUAAUGGUGUACUACGAUGCAUUUUAUUAAUUUUUAAUGAAAAUUGAUUGUUUUAUUUUUAUUAGUUACCUUGUUUUGUUUUCAAUACAAGCAUUAAUUUUA